UUCAUUAAACAAAAUGUUCAGUCUUCAGAUGCUAGAUAGGCUGCAGCAUUAGCUACAUAAUCGACUCAGUGAGUUAGUAUUUUUGCAAACAAGAUUUUAGUUUACUAACAAUGUGAACACUUCGUGUUUUUCUGAAGAGAAAUUAAAUUCGACGAUUUACAUUUAGCAAUAGUUUUGCAAUUGUGAUAAAGAAGCUAGGCUAAGCAAAGAGGGCAUUUGGUCUAGUGGUAUGAUUCUCGCUUUGGGUGCGAGAGGUCCCGAGUUCGAUUCUCGGAAUGCCCCUUUUGCCUUCGUGCUUCUACUUUGUCCAUGAAAAUAGUCGGAGUUCCCGCUGGGGACUUUUUGAUUUACAUUUGCAGUAGUCUUUGUGAUUAUGAUAAAGAAACUAGGCUAAGCAAAGAGGGCAUUUGGUCUAGUGGUAUGAUUCUCGCUUUGGGUGCGAGAGGUCCCGAGUUCGAUUCUCGGAAUGCCCCUUUUUUUUCUUGCUUCUACUUUGUCCAUGAAAAUAGUCGGAGUUCCGACUGGGUCCUUGAUUUGCAUUUAGCAGUAUCUCUGCGAUUAUGAUAAAGAAACUAGGCUAAGCAAAGAGGGCAUUUGGUCUAGUGGUAUGAUUCUCGCUUUGGGUGCGAGAGGUCCCGAGUUCGAUUCUCGGAAUGCCCCUUUUUUCUUCGUUCUUCUACUUUGUCCAUGAAAAUAAUCGGAGUUCCCGCUGGGGACUUUUUGAUUUCCCUCCAAACCUUCCAUCAAAAUGGCUACCUUCUUUUUCUCCUUCCACCAAUUUUCUUUUACGGCCGAUCAUUCAUUUAAAACGCCAUUGGGCUAAUUACUGUUCGCUCGGAGCUGCUUUUCUUGCAUCUGAUGAGUUGAAUAGCUUCAGUGUCAGUGUUGGAACGGGUAUACUCCAGUUUUCCAUGGCUGAUCGUUGCGAUGCUCAUUUUCAGUCUCAGUCAUCACCUGCUUGCGUGAAAGUUGGAAUCCGUGAACAAUCAAUCCACAUGUUUCGUUUAGAAUGCUAUAUGAAGAAUAGAAAUUGCAACUUAUUAAGUGAAGAAUCGACGAAGGUAGUAGGUGCAGCUACCAAUCCUUCCCCAGAAGGAUCAAAAUUAGAUAUGUGGCGUUUCAUCUAUGCUGCUAAUGUUGAAUUGAAGCAAUUCUUUGCUUACUGUUGGGAGCAGAAGGAUGUGGGAGAAGGGAAUCAUCAAUUGUUCCAAGAUACUGUACCGUUAGAUGAUACUGUUGCGCUUGAUAGUUCUUUGGACGAAACCAAAUUGGAGACACUUGAUUUUGACACUGAAGUAGUGGAUAGUCCUGAUCAUGUCAAGGAUGUGAUCACCCAUAUGGUAACUGAAGAUGAGAAAGAAGUUGUGCUUGACAGUGAAAGUGAAGGAAACUGUAGUUCUGAGUUUGCCAGCGUUACCAAUUGGUUAUCUAAUGUUAAAGAAGAUAGAAGACCAGAAGCACGUGUAGUAGGCUCACAAAAAAGGCAGUUCGGUUCACCAUUUGUGCAGCUGGAAGACUCGGCGGAGACUUUUGAUGGAUCUGCUGGUGGUACAGGAACUAAGCCUAGAGAUGCUGUAAAGAGAAAAAUGAGUCCUGUCUCAGGCAUAAAGGGCUGUCAAAGUUUGGCUAAGCAAAUCCAAAGUAGAACGACAUUCGGAAAAGAUGGAAUUUUUGAAUGGGCUGAUAGUGAUCAUUAUGGAGGGGAUGAUUUCUUUAGCAAGAGGAUGGAUGCAGCAUUUAGUCAAGAAGGUUCCCGGCGGAGAUCUGUAUUAAGGGAUCAGAAGGCUGGGCAUGUUUAUAGUAAAGGUAGCAGCAGCUCAGAAAAUAAGUGCAAGGAGAAAUUUGUAAACCUUGAUAGGGAAGUUACAAGUUCACCUUGUUCAGAUUCAAGGACUGCAGUCGACUGUCAAAAGGAGAUAAACAAGAUGGGACAAGCAUCCAAAAUGAUUUUGGAAAAUAAUUUUGUCAAUAACCUAAAUCAACAUUUGCCUGCAGUACAAUUGGAGCAGGAGACAGAUCCUUGUAGUAUUGAAAGAAACACACCAGAUGUGUUUGAUGUCGGUUUUAGCACUCAAAUGGCAGCUGAAGCUAUGGAAGCCUUAUCAUAUGGUCUUCCCUCUGACAGUGAUGCUGGUGUUUAUCAAUACCAACAGAACUUGUUAGUAGAUUCUUCAAUCGGUGUAACAAAAAGCUGUAUUCAUUUCAAGAAGCCUUGCCUUCAGAAGGAUGCUUUAGAAGGCAUUGCAAGAACUUCAAAGCAAAUAAAGGGUUCUGCUAGAAAAAGAAGUUCCAGUUCAUCCUUGAAACGUUCUGGAUAUGACAAGUUAGAUAAUGAAUUGGCAGUAACCAAAAAAAGGAAACGGAGCAAAUCGUUGGCUGGGAGCUCAAAUGGGAUAAAUACUGUGGACAAAAAUAAAUGUCCAACCAGAAAAUCUCCAAAGCCUGCCAAGAAAUGUACAGAAGAGGAAGCUACAGGCAAAAACAACACUAAAGGGUGUGAAAACUAUGGGAAUUUAUCAAAACCAUUUGAGCCUGUUGUGUGCCAAACUGGGCUUCGGAAUGCGAAAGGUACAAUGCAAGCAACUAAAGAUGAGCCAGAUAAUGUAGGGCACAGGAUGAACAAUGGUGUGCAAAGCAGUGUCGUUACGUACAAACGAAAGAGAAGUCGUUUGGGUCCUAAGCCAUUUGGGGCACUAAGAGCUGGAGAAAAAUGUGCUGAAUUGUGUUGCGAACAACUUAGAAAAGGGGGCCUUUUUGCUGACAAAACAGUGCAUUGGAUAACAGGGGGCGAAUUGGCAGAGACUAAGGACAGGCCAAAUAAUCAAUGGAAAAGGACAAGUGAUAUCAUUAAGAACGGUAUAGUUACUUACAGAAGAAAGAAUAGUCUUUCCAGUGCUAAGCUAUCUGAAUCGUUGAGUGCUGAAGGAAAACAUGCCAAACCAUGUUGCAACAUAUCUGACACAGUGGGAAAGAACGAAUUGACUCAAAAAGAGCAAGGUGGCUUAGAGAUGUCUUCCUUAUUAAGAUUUUUGAAGUCCAAUUCAUGGGGAUGCACCAAAAGGAAAAGAACACUUCGCAAACGGCCAAGUCAUUCAUUCGGAUCUAGUAAUCAGUACAUCUCAUUCAUGGUAAUUGAUGCAAGAGAAGGUUACAAAAGAUCAUUCAACAAAAACCUUCCCAAAUCAUCCCUUUUGAAAGAAAUCAUAAGAUUAGGCAUCCCUGAGUUGAAACUUGAUUUUAGUAGGAGAGAUUUAAGAAAACGAAAAGACACGGCAUGUGUCCAAGUUCUGUUUAGCCAGCAUUUAGAUGAUGAUAUCAUCAGGCAGCAGAAGAAGAUCAUGGCACGUUUGGGCAUUUCUGUUGCGUCAUGUUCAAUGGACGCCACACAUUUCAUAGCAGACAAAUUUGUCCGUACGAGGAACAUGUUGGAAGCUAUUGCUUUUGGUAAACCAGUCGUGACUCAUUUAUGGCUUGAAAGCUGCGGGCAAGCGAGCUCUCUAAUUGAUGAGAAAAAUUAUAUCUUGAGAGAUGUCAAGAAAGAAAAAGAAAUUGGUUUUAGCAUGCCUGUUUCACUGGCUCGUGCAAGCCAACAUCCACUUCUGGAGAAUCGACGGGUAUUAAUUACUCCAAACAUACAACCUGACAAAAAAAUGAUUACUAGCUUGGUCAAGGCUGUUCAUGGACAGGUAGUGGAAGAAACUCAGAUAUCAGAACUGAAGAUCCCAGAUGAUUUAUUAGUUCUUUCAUGUGAAGAAGAUCAUGCAAUCUGCACACCUUUCCUUGAUAAGGGAGCAGCGGUUUACAGUUCAGAGCUUCUGUUGAAUGGGAUAGUAAUCCAGAAACUAGAAUAUGAAAGGCAUCAACUCUUCAGAAAUAGCAACAAGAGAAGUCGCCACCACAAUAAAAGAAUUUGUCAUAUAAUGUCAAUGAAGGGUGGGAACAUAGUUGGGGACUUUUCUCUGGUAAAAGUUUAGCAGAUUGUAGAGAUCACCAAGUUAAUGAUGAUUACAGAACCCUUUUGUAGAUCAAGUCAUGUCACACCAUCAUAUUCUUGCUGAAAGAGCAGAAUUGUGGCAAGACUUAACGUUUGGUGUUCGCAUCUCAUACAAGGCUUUAUCUUAAAUUCCAUAGAUCUAAUGUUACUGUAUUUUAACAGAGGCCACAUAUCGUGUGGUACUAGAAAAUCAAUAUUUUUGGUCUUCGAGUGUUCGUUGA